ACCCACUUCCCGUUUCUUUUCUCUGUAAUAGUCUGUAUAUUUGUUAUAAUAGUAGAUUUCUACUAGUUAAGUCUAGAUCUAGAUAAUAAAUGAUUUGGGCUGAAUAAAUUAUUAACAAAAACAAUAAAAUAAUAAUAAAAAAUUUAAAAAUAAUACACUAUGUUAGCAACUAUCGUUUAGAAUUUCCUUACGGAGAAUCGUUUCGCUUUUCGAUAGGGAGAAUUAACUGGCUGAUUAUUGAAAAUAAGAUCAAGAGUUGAAGAGAAAGAUUCACCAAAAGAGCCAAAGAUGAGAGAAUGGAGUGAACAAAAACAAUAAGAAAGGAUUAUUUUAAAUCUAAAUCAGCUGAAGUGACCUUUCAUUACACUUCAUUUCUCUAACAUCUUUGUGUACCAUAUCAUAAUGCCAUUGAUUGAAGGGCUUGGAGAUGAAGUGACUAUUGUUUUGGGUAUUUUCCUGCUUGGUGUUAUACUAAUGUUGGCAUGGAUUUCGACUCACACUUCUGACAUCUUCCAUCUUCGUGAAGUAGGAGUUAUUGUCGUAGAGUUAAGUCAACGAAGAAGUAGAACUCAAAUUCAAGCUGUAACUGAUAAUGUUACCUCUGAAGAAAAUAACACAAUAAACUCAAGUGAAGUAACAUCAGCCGAAGAUGUGAGUCACAGUGAUGAGGCUGGACCUUCAUCUAGUGAUAUUAAUGAUUUACUUGUGAGGGAAGUGGAGGCCCAAAAGGAAACAACAGAGAAUGGAACAGGUUCUGAUCCACCAGUUGUAGGGGCUAGUGACCAAAAAAAAGACUGUGUUACACAACCAACAAAUGGUAAUAUUGAAUCAAAGUCUUCAGCAUCACUUCAUUCUGAUGUAGUCACAGAAAAAACUGACACUGAAGAAGUGUUAGCGUCCGCAUCUGUAAUUGUAGAAGAAAACAAAGGAUUCUCUCAUUCACUGGCUGAGGAGCAUCCAACAGAAGAGGAAAUCAGACGAAGAAGGGUGGAGUAUUUUCAAACAUCUCAUAUAGCCACAUCAAGAAACUUCUCACCUCCACAAGAGGACAGUGCUGAUUCUAAUUCAGAAACAGGCAAACAGUCUGAACAUUUAAAUUGUGCUGCAACACCGCCAUGUUCUUCUGGUGACAAGGAACAUUCAGCAGAUAAUCAACAAAUUGUACAAGAAACAACUAUACCAUCACAGUCAACUGCAGAUACAAGAAGUAAUUUAUCACCCUCUGUUGCUGAUUCCAAUGAAGAACAGGAAAACGCUAUAUCAAGGAUUCGUGUCAAACUUAAGUACAUGAAUGAAACUCAAAGACUUGUGUAUGCAAACCCUUUUGAUACUAUUGGAGAUUUUCGAAGGACACACUUUCAACCAGAGCUGCAAGACAACAAGUGGGUUCGUUUUAUUUACAACGGCCAGGACCUGCGUGAUGACACACGGACAUUGCAGGCUUGCAAUGUGAAUGACAACUGCACCAUGCACUGCCUGAUCACUGCCCAGUCUCAAGCCACUGCCCCGUCAGGUCAUGGGCAUGAGGAUGAUGAAGAUAGCAUCAUGGGGGUGAUGAUGUACCCGCUAUUCACAGCCAUACUUUUAUUAGUUUGGUACUUCAGGUUCACUUACAGACAAUAUUUCAGUGCUAUGAGUACAGUCUGCCUAAUUGGAAUUACUUUCUUACUGGCUCUCAGCUAUAUUUCAUCUUUACGAACAGCUGAUCGUAGAAAUGGUCAGCAGGCUACUCAACAGGCCUCAACAAAUAGAAACACCCAGAACCACCCACACUCUGAUUGACCUGAUCUUAUAAGCAUAGCUUUAAACUUAGUAAAAAAAAAUUUUAAAUACUAGAAAACAAAACAGUAACAAGUAAAACUAUAAAUAAUAGUUAGAGACAGUUAUUAAGUUCCUAUAAUAAAUUUUUCUAAACUAAUUGUUCAGGUCAUUCUGUUUAUUCACCUACUUGAAUUUAUCAAGUAAAAUCCAUAUAUUAGUAUUGUGAUAAGUAUUUCAAAAAAAUUCAUUAUAAUUCACAACAUAUCUAAAGUGCCUCAUAAUUAAGUUAUUCCAUAGUUUAAUUUAAAGUUUUGAUUUUGUUUUCAAAUAGUUUUUUUCAAUAUUUUGGACAAAAUCUGUUUGUUCAAAUAUGAUUAUUAGUAGAAUAAUAUUCUAGGUUAAGAAUAUCUUUGUUUAAAAUCUCUAGAAGCUUUUAUAACGUUUAGCAAGUUACACUUGCCGGGAGUGUUUUAACUUCUAGCUUUAUGCUAUUUGCUACUAGCAAUUGUAGUGACAGAUUUUUCUAAAUAUUACAUUGAAAAGUUGAAAAAAAAGACUAAACAAAACAAAAAAAAUAAUAAAAGAUGGGAUAAACAUUUUAUGUAAGUUUCCUCUCUUUUGCAACAGUGAGUAACUAUCAUGUGAUUUUGUACAGAAAUUGAUUUUUAAAUAUACUUUUUAUUGGUGGUAGGAUUUUUAAAAACUGAAUACAAGUAUUUCAUUGGGAUAAGGUUCUUAAGAGAAAUAAGUAAAAGUAGGGUGUUUGUGAUUUAUUUAUAAAACAUUUAAUAUAAUUGAAAUGUUUCAUAUAUAAUAACAGCAUAUUUUAAAAAAAUUAAAUAAGACAGAUAACAAUUAUUGAUAACUAAUAAUUAUUAUAUUUAGAUAAGUACCAAAAAAACUAUGUGUUCAAAAUUAAAGAUGAUGUGCACAGUGUCAAUCAGCUGCUAUAUUCAUAGUGGAGAUUUUCAAAUAACAUUUGUUGUGAUAAUUUCAUUUAUUUAUUUUGUAAUCUAGUUAGAACUUUAUUAAAAUAUCAAAUUUUCAAAAGCUAUGAAACUUGUUUGUUUGGGAAAAACUUAUAGUCAUUACAAUUAAGUUGUUAAAAGCACCUUUCUUUUUAGAGAUUAAACAGAAACAAACAAGAGAAACUUUUUUUAUUUAAUAAGAUUAUGUUUUGUUCCACUUUGAUAUGUAUAAGAUGAUUUUUUUUUGGUUGUUUAAUUAAAUUAAAUGUUUCUAUAGCUGUUUAUUGAACACUGCUAUUUGGUUUCUUGUUUCUUACUCUAACUACAAGAAAAAACUCUAAGUCAGAUUUUUGUUAAAUAUUAUAAUGUUCUGGUUGAAUUGUAUUUAUUAUAUUGAUUUAAUAUAAAAGAUUUUGCUUUUUAUUUCAUAUUCUUUUUUAUUUGUUUUAAUGUCAAUUUGCAUUCAUUAUUUGUUGUUAUUUGUUUGAGUAAAUAAUCUCAUGAUGAAACUAGGCAAGAAAGAUAAACUACAAGUAAAAUUAAUUUUUAAGGUAAUUUCAUAAUGUCUCAGUAAACCUCAUGAUAUAACUUUAAGAUGAAGCUGCUUAAAAAAAUAUUUCUGAAUACUAUUUUUCUAUAUUUGAAACAAAAUUAGUUCUAUAACUUGAAUGUACAUUAAGCUUAGUUAAGGUAAAAGCUUAGGGUUAGAUUAAUCUCGUCUGCUUUUUAAAAUUGUCUUGUUGUCAUCGGUAAGGAAUAUUUGUACUAAGUGGAAAUAUAGUGAAACGCCAUUGAAAUAGUUUUUUAAAAUAACCAGUUCACCCUAGACUGAUUUGUAUAAUUAGAUUUUAUUCAUAUAACUAAACCUGGCUGUGAGUUCACUUAGAUAAUCCAGUAGAUUAAAAAUGUCCUAUAGUUUUUUUUUAGUACUGUUGUAUCCUAUUAUUUGAUAUUUCAGAAUUGAUAAUUUCUAUAAGUUUCAAAAUUGUACAUUUGAUUGCUUUCGAAUUCUAAUUCUCUUAUGCUUUUAGAAUUUUAUUUGAAAAUUUGUGCAUCACCGGUUAAAAUAUAUUAAAAUGUUAUUAAACACAUUAUACAAUGAGCUAAAACAGAUAAUCUUUAACAAUUAAUAGUGGUAAUUAGCAAUUGAAAAAAAAAAGGGAAUGCAUUCAGUUUAUUUUUUAAUUAAGUAUUACGUAAACUUUUAUUAGUCAGAAAUCUAUCGCAUCAAAUUUAGUAGACCUUAAAAUUAAAGUGUUCACAAUAACAUGUUUGGCAAGUGUAUUAAGAUAAUUUUUUUUUGUUAACUUUUUGUUUUUCACAAUAAAGUAUCAUAAUACUUUAGCAUUAUUUGUGAUCGAAACAUGUACAUAAUUAAAUAUUUUAAAGCCCAUGGUUGUUACACAAGCAUUUCAAUAUCGGGGCUCUAAAUAUAAUCAGACAAAGAGUUGUAUUUAAAUGACACCCAACUAUUUUAACUUAAUCUUCAAAAAUUUUUUUCAAAGAUUAGUGUAAGAAAUAAAAUAUUGACUACAUUGACAUUAAUAUUUUGUCACUAUUGCAUAAUGAUGCAUAAUUUUAAAACCGGAAUAAUAACAAUAAUACUCAGAGCUAGGAAUUACAGAGGAAAUACUUUAGCAGAGCUGAAUAAUGAUUGAUCUUUAAAAUGUAACAUUUACAUUAUAGUUAUGCUACAUCUACAGGUAUUAUAUCCUCAGAGGCGUAGGUAGUAGGGGAGCAGAGGGAGCAGGCGCUCCCCCAAGAACAAAAAAUAAAGUUAAAGCUGCUCCUUUUUCAUAAAUUUAUUUAAUAAGUAAUUAGAAGUAAAAGAAAACAUAGAUGUAUAUUUUGAUGAUAAAGUAAAAAGUUGUCUUCAUGUUAUAAUCUUGCUGCUCCCCCUGCUCCGAAAACUCAGCUACCCCAUUUUGUCUCCAAAAAAUUUAAAUGUCUUUCUAUUGCAAAUACUUCUACCAUGCUGGAGCACAUCAUUGAGGAAUACAAUAUUUCAUCGCAUGCUGUAUUACUCCUGUUGUAUUGUUUGAUGAAUUACCCUUAAUAAUUGCAGACUUCUGUGAUUUUCUUUGAAGGUUAAUUAAAAAACUAGGAUCUCCUGUGUUAGUUUCUAAUUUAUAUUUUCAAACUAUUGUUCAUAAUUUAUGAUAAUUGAAGAAUAAAAUUUUUAGUCUUAAUACUUGUAUUGAUUA